AGCGUGUGUGCUCCCAAAUGAAGGGACUGAGAUGCACAACUGACAGUUUCUUCCCUGUUCUAGGCUUGGCUCUGUCAUGGACCUCUUUGGUGUACCCAUAGGCAAUUUCCUGCCCCUUCGCUUUCCCAUCUAAAAUGGUUUCCUGCAUCCUACAGCCGCUCAGCAUGUCUUGGCUGCUCCAGCUCUGCACACUCUGACCAUGAGCAGCAAUUCCUCCCUCAGCAAUGUGAAGGGCCUGAGGAACCUCACCACGCAGGAAGACGGGGCGGUCAGAGUAACAGAGUCCAUUGCUAUAAUCGUCAUUGCUAUUUUCAUCUGUUUGGGCAACCUGGUGAUUGUCGUCACCCUCUAUCGGAAGUCUUACCUUCUCACGUUGAGCAACAAGUUUGUGUUCAGCCUGACCCUCUCCAACUUUCUACUCUCUGUACUGGUGCUACCUUUUGUUGUCACCAGCUCCAUCAGGCGGGAAUGGAUCUUCGGAGUCGUUUGGUGCAAUUUCUCAGCCCUGCUCUACAUGCUGAUCAGCUCAGCCAGUAUGCUGACUCUUGGACUCAUAGCUAUAGACCGGUACUAUGCUGUCCUGUACCCGAUGGUUUACCCGAUGAAGAUAACAGGCAACAGAGCAGUGGUAGCUCUUGUAUAUGUGUGGCUACAUUCCCUUAUUGGCUGCCUCCCUCCCCUUUUCGGCUGGUCGUCUUUGGAGUUUGACCAGUUCAAGUGGAUGUGUGUGGCGGCUUGGCAUAAAGAGGCUGGCUACACUGCCUUUUGGCAGAUCUGGUGCGCAUUGCUGCCUUUUGUGGUCAUGACGAUCUGCUAUGGAUUCAUAUUCCGCGUGGCAAGGAUUAAGGCUCGCAAAAUCCACUGUGGUAGCGUCGUCAUCGUGGAGGAGGACUCCCAGCGGAACGGGAGGAAGAACUCCAGCACCUCCACGUCCUCUUCUGGCAGCCGAAGGAACGCUUUCCAAGGGGUUGUCUACUCAGCCAACCAGUGCAAAGCUUUCACAACCAUCUUGGUUGUCAUCGGUGCUUUUGUGAUUACGUGGGGACCUUACAUGGUAGUCAUUACAUCAGAGGCACUUUGGGGAAAAAAUAGUAUUUCCCCUGCCUUGGAGACAUUAGCUACCUGGUUGUCCUUUUCCAGUGCCAUUUGCCAUCCACUAAUUUAUGGACUGUGGAACAAGACAGUACGCAAGGAGCUACUAGGAAUGUGCUUUGGGGAUCGGUAUUAUCGCGAGUCCUUUGUUCAGCGGCAUAGGACAUCGAGGUUAUUCAGCAUUUCCAAUAGGAUCACAGAUUUGGGACUGUCUCCUCAUCUCACUGCCCUCAUGGCAGGUGGGCGGCCAUUAGGAAACAGCAGCAGCACAGGAGACACAGGUUUCAGCUGCUCACAGGAUUCAGGAACAGAUGCAAUGCUUCUCGAAGAUUACAGCUCAGAUGGCCCUCAUGCCCCACACUGCAUCUGUCCGCCUCGAAGGAGGAGUUCAGUGACAUUUGAAGAUGAAGUAGAGCAAAUUAAAGGUGGGUUUAGGGAAGCUGCAAAGAAUUCUGUUCUUCAUGUAAAAGCUGAGGUCCAUAAAUCUCUGGACAGUUACGCAUCCAGUUUAGCAAGAGCUAUUGAAGCUGAUGUGAAAAUCAGCUUGUUUGGGGAAGAUGCUAUACCAGGAGCUCUGUUCCCUGUGCGGACUCUGCCAGGAAGCAGUAUGAACACACGGCGUGGUAUCAGGCCCCAUGCUAGCCAAAGACUUCAGUUGCAGAGCAUCGAUGAAGGGAAUAUUUGACAGGAGCACUGGAGUAAGAAAACAGAAUGAAACCACUAAGCGGGACCUACUACAGCUGUUAAGUGUUUCAACAGAACCAGCAUACCUUUUUGGGAUGUUUUCAAUGUAUUUUCAACACUUGAAAACCAGCUAAUUCUGGUACUUACAUCAGCAGUAUUUGUUUACUGUUUAGGGUGCUAUUGACUCUUUUGUGCUAUGUCUUAAAUCUGUCACACAGUGCAUAGGAAUGCGGGGUUUGGUUUCAUCGACCAGAUCAUUAGUCUGUCAGAUCUUGGGUCCAUUAUUGGCUGAAGCCGAUACAGGAAUGAAAAAGGAAAAGUAUGUACAUUAUUGCAUUGAUCCUUUUGCAUUAUUCAUUAUUGCAUUGAUCCUUUUCUGACCACCAGCUGGAGGUGACAGCUGGAGCGCUCUAAUAGGAGCUCGUGCAUUGGAUACUACAUACAGCCUUACUGUCACGGACUCCCAAAUGAUGGAGCGUGGACUUCCCUAAGGGACAAAACCUGAACUUUUCAGAGAGCUCAUGCAGAUUGUGGUCCUUCUUACCCUUGCUAGUGGAUAUUUCUGGCUGUUCAGCCACCAGAAUGCUAGAUCUGAAACUGGAUUGUGCAUUGCUUGUGCGUUAUGACACACCGGCUUCUCUAGACAUAAUGGGUGGGAGCAGACCUGUGCUGGACAUGUCACAGAGAUGGUAUUUGAGGAAAUCAUCAGUGCAGAGUUCUUAGUUUCUCUGAGAACUUCAAUUCACUUCCCUGGUUUUACUUUUAGUAAAAGGGCGCUCUAUGUCUGUAGGAAGCUUGACAGAAUAUAAAUAAGGUAUUACCACUUUAGCGAUAUAUUCAGGAUUCAUCUUUUCCAGAGAGAAAAGUUCUAAGAGUUUGUUUUUUAUUUUUUAAUCAUGAGGGAAUGUAGUAUUUAAGCAAUAGUUACCUCAGUGCAUAUAUUUCUUGGAGUAUUAAUUCAUUAAUCUCUAAAAUAAGAACAUUUGGCACUUAUAUUGCACUUUGCAUGUUCUUAAGCACUGCACAGACAUUACCUUGUUAGGCCUUUGUGAGAAGAUUGAUCAGCCCUGCUUGCCAAAGAAGGGGACCUCUGCAACAGUGAAGCUGCUGGCAAUGAAACAAGCUGCAAAGGUGGAAAGGUUUGUUACAAAAAGAGGGAUGAAGUGGAUCAUAGGAGAAUGCCCAGCUUGAGGAACCUUUCUGUGCCUUCCCGGGCUGGCCCCUUCUUUGCUUUGUGGGGGUUACAGCCCUGCCUAACUGCUUAUUUCAGAGAGAGGGAGAUGUAAGUGAGUAGGAUAAAUUCUUGGGGGUGGGUGUCAGUAGCAAAUGGACUUAAGGACCAAGGGUUUGCAUUUGUUUACUCUGUGUCUGCUCCCCCCUGUGCCUCCACCUUUCCCCAGAAAGUGGUUUGUAUGAGGUUUUGCUGCAGAUUGUUUGGAAGUCAGGGGCAGGAUGUUUCCAUCUGGGCAAAAACUAGGUGUACACUUGUUAAGUUAUGGCUGCGUGCGACUUACUUGGAGGGACAGAAGCAAACUUUUUUUGAGGCAGAGCCGCAGCCCAGUACUGUAUUUAGACAUCCUAUUUGUCUGUGUUCCCAACUCAGAAAUACAUCUCAGCACAAGCUUAUGUCCAUCUCUGGACAAAGCAGCCUGACUUUAUGAACUAGCCUGAACCCCAUUACAUUCCCAUGUAAGAUAGAACUGCAUGCUUAAAAUUCAGUACAUGGUUUGCUGAUUAAGAACAGGCUGUUAAAGCAAGAACACUUAAGCACCAGUAAAAGGGCUCUUUAUGUAACACAGGAAUGAAACGACUAAUAAUAGUGAGGUCCGCACUCCUGUGCUUUUGCUUCUAGUGUGUUAGAUAAAUUGGCACCUGUGGGCACUGGUUAAAAAAAAUAAAUUAAAAAUCCCAGGAUUUGCCAGGAAAUGCCCUGCAGUGAGGUCGUUAUUGCUAUCAUUAACAGUACAAGCACAGUUGCUGGUACUACUCGGCACUCCUUAAGGUAUACGCUUGCCUCAGGUGGCUUGAAGUAUUUUAUCUGUGUCUCUUUUAUUUCAUAUUCCUGCUUCAAAACAAGUGGAGCAAAGUUGUGGCUGAACGUGGAAAGGGCACAUGUGAGUAUGAAUGCAUUGCGGUGGCGCAAGGUCAGUGCUAGCCCCAAACAGUGUGUAUUUAGGAGGAAAAAUUCCAAGGCACAUGUGAAAGCACAAAACUGUUAGUAUUGUGUAAAAAGCACGUUUUUGACACAGGUACGGAGCCAAAUUCAGCCGUCAGGCAGGUCCAUCGGUUUACACCGUGCCUGAAUUUGGCUGUCAGUGUUAAAUGUCACUAAUCUGUUAUUUAGUGUAAAUGUUGUUAAUAUUUUUGUACACAUGUUAUAACCUUUCUGUAAUUCUGUUAUUACCAGUCAUUUUCUCACUUGAAUUGUCAUUAACAAAAGCAGUAAUUAAGAAAUGCACAUGUUUUUUAAAAAUUGUA